CUACGUUUUCGGACGACGAGAAGCGGUUCGUCUUAGGUGAAAUAAUUAAAGUCAGCACCAUAGAUAUCUCCACCCUUGUCGACUUCAUCAAGGUUCACCAUGUCGAGCCGAACUGGAUGUCGAUGCAACUCCCCGGUGGUAUGUAUUCCGGGUCCGCCUCCAUGAGACCCCUCCCUAAUAGCAACAGGCCGUAACAUGAACCAGUGCUUUGGUGCAGUCGAGAAUAUGUUCCAAACCAAAUAUCCGCCGCCGAACUUAACAAGCUUUAAGCGCAAGUCCCUAAGCGAUCUGGUCGAACACCCCGCGAAGAGGCAAGCGAUGAUGGCCCCUAUCGAGCCUCCUUUAGCUUCAGCGCGCAUCAUUCAGCCGCGGCCCCCUCCAAAUGGCUACCCAUCCACCGUACCCGUCAGCAUCAGUCCACCUGUAACCUCGACGGGCAAAAAGCGCGGCCGUCCCUCUAAGGCCGACAAGGAAGCACAGGCUCGUGCAGUCUAUUCGCGGCUGACAGAAUACGCGCCAAUCACGCCCGCUCCCUUGGCUCCAAUCGCAGUUCAGCCUCCACGCGAAUACGCCUCUUCUCCUGGAUAUGAGAUCUCAAGCAAUCUGAACGAUCAAAAGACGAGGAAGCGAGGCUUCGGUGCGGUCGACAGCCCUCAGCAAGCGAAUCUCUCCUUCCCAUUAACUUCUCCAGCUUCGACCACAGACACACCCCGUGCUCUCCCGGAAUCGAUCGAUCAAGUGGAGAGAGCUAACCUGUCGCCUCGGGAUCGAGGGCCGCUUGCGUUGGAUUCGCGAUCACCACCACUCCCUCCACAUAUGCAACAACAGGACUCGUCACAAGGAUUACCUCCCCUACAACCUCGAACUCAGCCCCUACAUCCGCCUCUUUUCCCGCCAUCUCCACGAACUACACACACGUAUGAAUCACACCGAGGCAUUGAUCCCAUAUUCCCGGAUAGAGACAGGUCGAGAAAUAUCCAAGAACCACUGAAAGACGCCCAUCCCCCGGUAACCACGGUUUCGAAUCGGAGUUAAAGACGAGUGUAGUAUAUUAGACGACCAGUAUGGUCAUACGGUGUCACAAUCCCUUUCGGGUGGUUUCGAUUUAUAGAGGGAGGUUUCUGGUUGGGAGGCAUUUUUGCUCUUUUUUCAAAGCUUCGAGGGAUCAACAAACUUCCCUGUAUGUUCUAGGCACUUCACGUCUUCGGGAAGGAUCGGAUACUGCUUCAUGAUAUACCCAUACGGCUUCUUGUUUCUGUUCUACUGCUGGACGGCGGCUAUCUACAUUGUAUUUUCUCUCCUUCUCCACUUCUAGCGAGAGAACGGGUUUUGCCAAUACUAACCCGGCUCGAUACUCCAUUCUGACGACGCCUGGCCACAUGGAUAACUACGAUUUGGUUGGCCUUUUUUUUAUAGCAUUUACUGGCGCAGUUCCGUUACCGGGGGUAUAGAAUUAAGAAUUCUGCUUCUGGUGGUUAGCAAACGCCGUUUUUGUCUGUGUACGAUUUUCCGGGGCGUUCUUGGUUACGUAGGGGGUUAUGGUGGAGGGUAGUGAUGAUGCGUACGGCAUAUAUGUACGUAUGGCUAAGUGUACGUUUACGGGAAAAUACAAAAAGCAACGAAAACUACACUAUCAAAAUGAAUAUUGAAGAUA